GGGGGGGGGACAGAAGAGAACAGCGGGUGCUUCCAGUGAAACUCCAGGAUGAUUACAACGGCUCUCCUUCAGGAUGCUGAACCAUCUUCAGGUCGCCUUUCGCCCACCGUUUCCGGAAGCUUCCCUGUGCUGUCCCAAGACUCCACCAUACCUGGCAUUCCUGCAGUGCCCGUGUCUUUCUCACCUACCGUUACCAGGGCCUCUUCACCCCUGGUCCUGGGGGGUCAGAGCCCAUCGAGCUGCGGUCUUGGCUCGCCACCAGCCCCCAUGCCUUCAGAUAUCAGCAUUUUAGACAAACUGAUCAAGACAUGCCCCGUAUGGCUCCAACUGGGCAUCUCAGAGAGCAGAGCCACUCACAUCCUGCAGGGAGAGACUCCAGGGAUAUUUUUAGUCAGAAGAGACGUGCAUAAGAAGAGGAUGAUCCUGUCAGUACGUCUUUUCAACCAGAAGAGCAGGCCACAAGUUCAGGACAUGCCAAUCAAAGAGGAGAACUUAUUAAUGUAUCUGGAAGGCUCCGUCCUGGUCUUUGACGAUAUUUUCAAACUCAUCGCCUUCUACUGUGUCAGCCGAGAUAUUCUUCCAUUCAAACUGAGAUUGCCAAAUGUCAUCGUCCAGGCAACGAAAUAUGAACACAUGGAGAUUAUAUCAAGCCUUGGUUCAGGUAAUGGCGUGCCCUGUCCGGUCCCUUCAGAGUCCAUCAUAGAGACAACGCUGUUCAAGUGCGUUCUGAAGCCUCUGCGGGAUGCGAUCUAUGCAAGGCUGUGGGAUCUUCACACGAGGGAUAACUCACUGAUGAAGCUGCGUGACAACCAGCAGGUGGUGCUCAAUAGCACCACCACCGACCUGGGAGUUACCACCAGCGUGCCGGAGUCAGCCGACAUAGAGAAGAUUAAAUUCAAGCUGGACAUGCUACACAAAGAGUACUCCCCCGAAAAGAAAAUCUCCAUCCUGUUAAAGACCUGCAAGGUUAUUUACGAGUCCAUGUCGGUCAGCUGUCCUGGACGGACCCUGGGGGCUGAUGACUUCCUCCCGGUCUUGAUGUAUGUAGUGGCCCAUAGCAACAUUGCCCCACUAAUGCUGGACGUGGAAUACAUGAUGGAACUCAUGGACCCCGCCAUGCAGCUCGGAGAAGGCUCCUACUACUUGACAACAACCUACGGGGCACUUGAACAUAUAAAGAACUAUGACGUCAUGCAAAUGACUCGGCAGCUUAGUCUGGAAGUACAGGACUCCAUCCAUCGCUGGGAAAGACAUCGCACCCUUAGCAAGAAGCGUCUGUCUGGCUCUCCUGUAGAGGACUUCGUGAAGGUAUCCUUGCUGGAGGCUGGUGCCAACAUCAAGACUCUAGGCGUCCGAGCCAGCACUACCCUACAGGACCUCUGCAGACAGUGUGCAGAGACAUUUGAGGUUGUCGAGCCCGACACCUACAGGUUAUAUAUUUCGGUGGAUGGAAAGUACCAAAGCCUAACCCCAAAGGAGCUUCCGUUGUCAGUCAAGUCCAGUUUGCACCACAGUGAGCACCGUGCAAAGUAUCAUUUUGUAUACCGGCCAGGAGUCUGUGAAUCUGAAGCAGACGAUGUGCCGUUUUUCUUAUUGCCGAGCGACAUUUGAAUUGUGAGUGUAGGCUGACUGCAAAGAUUCUACCUCUGUCUUCAGGGCAGACUGACGAAAACGACGGAGGAAACAUUUAUGUAACAUUUAUGCUAAGUGAAUAAAUGUGGAAUUCACACUAUUUUCUAACACAUGAGUGUAAUUCUGGUUAAAGUCCUGUAUCAGGGCUGGACUGGCUAGGGUUACCAUAGCCAUACCAUACCAUUGAUGAGACAAAAAAGAGGCGCGUCCAGGGAUCAGAAUAUUAAUAAGAUUUCGCGUUCACCGGCCAAUCAGGCAGUGCUUCUCUUAUGCAUAUUAAUGAGUUUUCCUAACCAACCCAUAAAAUGAAAAUUCGUACAGUUUACACUUCACAGGUAUCUACACACAAUUGACACAAUAUACAUGUAUACAAGUGUUUUUCAACAACACUUACAAAACGCUAAGCUUAAGUUUGUUAAACUUCAAGCACGUGAUGCGAUUCACUGUUCACAGGGAAAUGAAAAUGAAGUGUCAGAGUGCCAGUGGUUCCCGAAGCUGAUGUCACUCAUGAGCAGUGUGACACGUAGGCAUGUGCACAGCAUUUAAUUACCUACAUAAGCAUGUGCGCGAGCGCUGUGCGAUGACACCGAGCGGCUCCCAUACACUGAGAAUCGGUGCCUCUUCCUUCGGUUGGUUCUCCACUGUAACUUGCAGCACUGGGUCAUACGGGUGGCAGCGCUAAACCCGGACAAACCACUAAUUUUUGAAAAACCACCCAGAUGCCUGGACAGGGGCCCAAAAUGAGGAUGUGUCUGGGCAAACCCAGAUGUGUGGUAAACCCAGGACUGGCCAUCUGACAUAUUGGGUGUUUUCCUCGGGCCUGAUGAGUUUGUGGACCUGAAAGUCCAGGGUCGAUUUCUAAUCCCGGUUUGGCUCUGACCUGUUUAUGCGAAGUGCAGGCACAAAUUAGUGGGGCUGGUAUGAAAUGGCAGCACCCCGAAAGCGUGGCACUGGUGCUCGUCGUAGCCCAUGUGGCAGCCUGAGCAAAAUUCACCCCCCAACUACAAAAAAAAGAAAAACACUUCACUGCCCAAUUUCACUUCGCCAAGUGUGGAUGUCGACAGUGAAGGCUGCCGGGGGGGAGGGGGGUCAACAGUCUGCUAAGCCGGGGCCUGCUCAAGAGAUGCCAUCCAUCUUGCCUUUACCAAGAUCCACCCAUGUGUGGCGCUACUGAGAUACCCUAACAAAGGGACGCCUCCCAUUUAUUCAGGAAUAUCUCAUGUUUAAAAGGCCCCAUCCUUCCAUUUUCUUUCUUUCAAUCGUCUUGUUUCUCAGUUGCCAUUGCUUGCCUGCCUGUUCAUAUGCCUUUUCACUGCCUGAAAAGUCUGUAAUCUAAAUAUUGUUCUAAUUCCUAAAUUAGUGUAAAACAUAACACAUCAAACACAUGCCUUUCAAGGUAUAACUUAAACCUUGACAUACAAAUCAGUGGUCAAAACUAUAAUCUAUGAGCAAAAUAUGAGAGUGUUGUGUUUUAGGGAUGUAUGUAUUAUGUAUAUAUUUGCAACUGGCUGGCAGAUGUAACACCACAAGGAGUGACUUACUCUGCAUAUAAUUACAGCUUUUAUGUGCUAAACUGGGACACCAUAUAGACCUUGAGGAAAAUACCCAGGUAUCAAUGGCCUAUAUGCAUUGAAAAAAUAAUCAUGUUCAUAAUAGAUUUCAUACAAAUAUUUUGCACAAAUAUUUCAUGAAAAAUAUUUUUGUAUGUAUAAUACAUCUGCAUAGCUUGAAAAUAUGUUUAAAAUCUGUAGCAUAUAAAUUUGCACCCCAUGAGUUGGUAUGUAGGGAUGUGGAAUACAUCCACAUUAAUGAAUACUUUGUGUCAAGUUGCGAUGGCCUGCUAUUAAAUUAAUUAAUUCUCUGAGAUUCCCGAAUGAGUUUGUUUCCCUACAGAACAUACUGAACAUAAACAAACCACAAGCCGUUGCAGUUUUGGUUGCCUGGCUUCCAACCGUCACCCCAUGUGCAUCUUUGUGUUAUAUGUCCUAAUGAGAGACCCCUGGCUACGUUCCAGCAACCUGGAUUCUAAGCCAAGGCAUGCAUCCUCUACUAUACAGUUGAGUAGCAGCGCCCCCUAGUGCAUCGGUGGACAUUUAUUUUUAAUCAUUUAUUUUGCUGUAAUAUUUAGUAGAAAUUCACCUAUGCAAAAUCAUAAUACAACACCACCAGAUGCAAAAUCACAAGGUAAAUGUCACCUUCGAUAUGUACUUCUGGUAUCUUCCAAAUAUUGAAAUAAAACAGAUCGCUUCUGAAUA